AUGCUGAAGGCAGUCUCCAUGGCAAUGCCUACUUAUGUCAUGUCCUGCUUUAAACUGCCAAGGAAGCUGUGCAAAGAUAUUACUGCAUCUAUGGCAAAUUACUGGUGGGGAGAAACGGAUGGCAAAAGCAAAAUGCAUUGGCUGUCCUGGAAAAAAAUGGCACUGAAAAGAACUGAAGGUGGGUUGGGAUUCGAGGAUAUAGAAGCUUUUAACAAGACUUUGUUAGGAAAGCAGAUUUGGAGGAUACUAACCAAGCCAAGCUUACUUAUCAGCAAAGUGCUGAGAGCUAAGUACUUCCUAAAGGAUUCCAUAUUCAAGUGUAAGCCUCAAAAGAAUGCCUCUUGGAUUUGCCCAGGUCUACUAGGAGCCAGAAGCUUAAUUGAAAAAGGUGUGAUCAGAAGGAUUGGUAAUGGGAGAAGUACAAACAUUUGGGAGCAUAAAUGGAUUCCAGGAUCAACCUCUGGUAAGCCUACUUCCACAAGACCCCUCAACAGUACCUUGAAGAUGGUGCACGAGCUUAUCAGUCAUAAAAGAUGGGAUAGAAACACCAUAUUUAGAACCUUCAAUCACAGUGAUGCAGAGAGGAUAUUGAACAUCCCCUUAAGUUUGACAGGUAGGGAGGACAGUUACUUCUGGCAACACAAUAUGGGAGAAUCCUAUUCUGUCAGUUCAGGAUACAAACUUCUGAUGGAAGAUAGUGCUAGUACAAAGAAGGAAAAAACAGGUGAAGCUGGUACAAAGAAGCAAUUUUCAGGAGGACAGGAAUGGGAGAUCCAGUAUGCAGAACUUGUGGGAGAACCUGGAAAUAGUGGAACAUCUUCUUUUGAGCUGCCCGCUUACUUUAGAAAUUUGGAAGGUGGCCCCUAUACAAUGGGAUGGAGCUAA